AUGGUGUUCACUGUUAUUGUACAUUUGGAUGUGAAGAGCGAACAUGUAGAAAAAGUGAAGGCAAAAUUGAUAGAAGCAAGUCGCAUUUAUACUAAGGAUAAAGGAACCAUCGACUGGUUCGUUAGUCAAGAUGUGGCAGAUCCAACCAAAUUCGCUAUCGUAGAGCGGUAUGAGCAGCAGAGUGAUCUGCAGACUCAUAUCAACAAUCCAUACUAUAAACUGUUCGGUGCAUACGUGAAACCACUUUUGUCGAAACCCUUGGAACUUCACAGUGUUGAAGAAUUGGAUACGUCAAACGAAGUUGAGGUUCCUCCACAAACGUGGUCGGAUGAAGCAGACAACUAA